AUGACUAUCUUCAUUGCCUCAUUAUUCCUACCAUAUACCAUCAACUUCCAUGUCAACAAAUCACGAAGCCGCCGUCCCUCCCGAGUCCCGAGCCCCCUCCCACCAAAAACAACACCCGAAGACAUCCCACCAGCAACCACCAGUGCCCCCCUCAGCUUAUUCGACCAGCAGCAUGGCGCCAAGAAGGUCGGGUUGACCCCUGGGGCUACGACAGAGCACGAGCGCAUCUUCUCCUCGGACCCCAACAAGGUAGAGCAAAAGCAGCAGGAAUAUCCGUUCCCCGGGUCGACGAAUGAAAAGGAUACCUUGACUGGGAGUGAAGCGCACUCGCCCGCAUGGGGUGCAACGACGUCGCUAAACCAACCUCGACCUCAGGCGGCGUUUGCGGCGAGUCCGUCGAUCCUUAAACAUCAGGAUACCCUUCUGCCGGUGAUCGGGGAGCAAGAGCCAUCAAAAGCAAAGGAACACCCGGUUUAUACAACGCGGGCUGAGCAUGGACGGGCCGAGUCAUUUUCCAGGGCUGAAUGGACAAUCGAGACCGCUGAGCAAGGGAAUGGGGGUCUGCGGAACGCCGUCCGGUCCGCUACUGACGCGGGGCAGCUGGAAAAUAAGAUCUGGGUUGGAACGCUGGGAAUGCCGACAGAUGCGUUGGUGCAGCAGACCAAGUCGACGAUUGCACAAACGUUGGAGAAGGAGCAAGGGUCACUGACAGUAUUUGUUAGCGAUGCUGAUUUCGACGGGCACUAUACGCAUUUCUCCAAGACGAUUCUGUGGCCCGUGUUUCACUACCAGAUUCCGGAUAACCCCAAGAGCAAGGCCUACGAGGACCACUCGUGGAUUUAUUAUGUCAAAAUUAACCAGGCCUUUGCAGAGCGGAUCGCGCGGAAUUGGAAGAAGGGGGAUUCGAUCUGGAUCCAGGAUUACCAUUUGCUGCUAGUCCCGGCUAUGCUGCGCAAGUUGUUGCCGGAUGCGCCGAUUGGCUUCUUUUUACACAUCGCCUUCCCGUCCUCAGAAGUGUUCCGAUGUUUAGCUCCUCGGAAAGAGCUUCUUGAGGGCAUGCUAGGAGCGAAUCUGAUCGGUUUCCAGACUGAUGAGUAUUGUCGUCACUUUCUCCAGACGUGCAGUCGGAUACUAUCCGUGGAGGCCACCAAUGAGGGUCUACAAAUGGAAGAUCGCUUUGUUAAUGUAUCCACCUUCCCUAUUGGGAUUGAUCCGACCUCCUGGGACAGACGACGUCAAGCGGGGGAUGUUGAGCAGUGGAUCAGGACGAUCUCUGAAAGGUACCAGGGCAAACGACUGAUCGUAUCGAGAGACAAGAUUGAUCAGGUACGGGGGAUUCGACAGAAACUUUUGAGUUAUGAGUUGUUCCUUAACUCUUAUCCUGAAUGGAGAGAUCAAGUGGUUUUGGUCCAAGUGGCAACGAGUACCACGGAACAACCUGAGCUAGAAGCCACGAUUUCCGACAUUGCGAUGCGGAUUAAUUCUAUGCAUUCUACGUUGGCGCAUCAACCUCUGGUCUUCCUCAAGCAGGACCUCGCGUUCCCCCAAUACCUGGCUCUGAUCUCUGUGGCGGAUGCUCUGAUGAUCACCAGUCUCCGCGAGGGAAUGAACCUGACCAGCCAUGAAUUUGUCUACUGUCAGGACGGGAAGUACCAGGGGUAUGGAAAUAAGAAAUACGGUUCCUUGAUUCUCAGUGAAUUUACCGGAAGUGCGUCUGUAUUUGGCAAUCACGCACUGUUAGUCAACCCAUGGGACUACCGACAAUGUGCCGAGGCGAUUCGUGAAGCACUCUCGCGUGGUGAGGAAGAACGCCAGCAGGUCUGGACGGAGCUUCACCAGGCCGUGCUGAAAAAUUCGACGGCCAACUGGGUCAAGUCGUUCAGUGAGACAUUAGCUCGGGUAUGGCACGAGCAAUCGUCGCGGGAGAUUAUAUCUGUGCCACGCCUCCCGAUGGACCAGCUGGAGGAACGGUACCAGCGAGCCCCGCGUCGCCUGUUUAUUGUCGACUACGAGGGUACGCUUGCUUCGUGGGGCUCGCCGAAGAGCAUCAUCGUCACAACACCGCAGCGGGCAAUCACCACGCUGACUGAACUGACAGAAGACCCCCGGAACAUUGUAUACGUGAUGAGCGCAAGAAUGCCAGAGGAAAUGGAACGACUAUUCAGUCGAGUUCCUGACGUGGGCUUAAUCGCAGAAAACGGCUGUUUCGUGCGCGAGCCCCAUCAGGAAGAAUGGCUCAUGCUCACGAACCAAGAACGAACCGCAGCAUGGAAAGACGGCGUAGGCCACAUCCUAGCGUACUACCAAGAACGGGCGGACGGAAGCUGGAUUGAGCGCCGGCACUGCUCACUCGUCUUCCACCACAGCUCAGCAGAGGACCAACAUGCGGCGGCACGACUGGCCUCUGAAUGUGCAGGGCACAUCAACGAUGCCUGCGCCAACCAGGGUAUUCACGCUCUUCUCAUCGAUGGGGCACUAGUCGUGGAACCAGCGGGCACAAACAAGGCAUCUGCAGCGGAAGCAGCAUGGCAAGAUAUUGUCCGUACGGCAGCGACAGAUGAAGGCAAAGAACGACCCAGUUUCUUGCUCGUAAUUGGUGACGGACGCGAUGACGAGUGUGUAUUCCGGUGGGCAAACAAGUUGGAGCAGAAGGGAGGAAUUGAGUAUGCUAUGACGGUAACGUUGGGGUCACGGAGUACGGAGGCUAAGGCGGCCUUGACGCAAGGUGUUACUGGUGACACAAUGACACAAAACGCAGCCUUUGAGCAGGCGAUCAAAGUCACGCCGCUAGGAUCGCAUCGCUACUCGGCGGUCUUACAGGAUGACUGGUGUAUAGGAACAGUUCCUCACGGUGGCUACACAACUGCGCUUCUCUACCGCCUUGCCACAACCCAUUUCGCGCACACCCAUCCAAACCAUUACAAAGACACAGCAACCCCGAUCUCCAUCCAACUCGCCUUCCUCCGUCGCACGUCUACUGGACCGGCCACGCUGACCGUCGAAGACAGCAAACUGGGCGCGCGGACUAGUACCAUUCACAUUACUUUACAACAACCAAGUGAGAAAACCGGGAAGGAAGAGGUGAAGGUUACAGGGUAUAUCACCGUGAGCCCCGCGAGUGUGGAGGUGGGCAUCAGCGCGAGGACGAACUGGGAGUUACACCCAGCUGCACCAGAGGUUGAUCUUGGUGUGCUUGGGAAAACAGGGGAGAGCGGAAUCUGGAAACGGUUCAGGGCCCCAUUUACAGAGUUCCGGAAGGCGUCGAGACAUCUGGAGUUGCAUUAUCCCGAGGAUUCCAAGAUCGAGGGUGAAAAACUUGGAGUGGUGGAUCAAUUAGCGCGGUUCUGCCCUGGUGGUGACAGUCAGGGUCGCUGGACGAAUGAAGCCCUGGUGUACUUGGUCGAUAUGUUCCCCAAGGCGUUGGAACGGUUCGAUCAGACGGCGUCGUCGGAAACUCCUGGUAUCGCAGGCAAGUCGUGGUAUCCGACAGUCACGCUGAAUGUGGAUUUGAAGAAGCGGUUACCGGCUGAAGGUGUGGAGUGGUUGCAUAGCCGUGUGAUCAACAAGGUGAUGCGCGAUGGACGGAUGGAUAUUGAGGUGGUUGCUAUGGAUGCGUCAGGGGAGGUGGUAGCUGUUGCGACGCAGGUGGGAUUGGUGAUGAGUGCGAGUCGCAAUGUUGGACGGAGACAGAAGCUAUAA